AUGGCACAGCAGCGUCGAAUCCAGUUUACCACCCUCUCCGAUAACGUCCCUCUACCUGCGGCUCCCGCACCAAAGCGGCCCGAUAAAGAGUCCAAACCCGAGACGACCGUUGUUGAGACAGUGGCAGCUGUCCGUUUCCAGCUGCAGCUAUUUCCAUCCGACGAACAUCGCUGCCCAGAGUUCUACUAUCCGGAGUUGGUCAAGAACCAUGAACCGCAGAAACGACCUAAAACUUUGGAAGAGGUGGACGCAGAAAACGAGAGAAAUGAGCUUGAGGCUCUGGCAAAAAAGUUUGAAGCCAAAUAUGCAGGGCCUGACAAACCGAGAAGAGACCGCAUGUCUGACUUGGUGGACAUUGGUGACGGCUAUGAUGAUGAAGACUCUUUUAUUGAUAACUCUGAGGCGUAUGAUGAGUUUGUGCCAUCGUCUCUCGCCACGGAACAUGGUGGCUUCUACAUCAACUGUGGCACACUCCAGUUCCGCAGAACAUCUGGCUCUGAUGGAGACCCAGAGGAACCCAAGAUGGCAAAGAAGCGAAAGCUGAAAGAUGGAGGUGAGAAGUUGAAGAAGAAAAAGAAGAGACUGGAGGAAGCGGCCACUGAAGCGAAACUCCCACACCUCCCUACGGAAUGCAUUAAACGUACCCCCCUCAUGCAGGAGUCUGUCCCUCCUGAGGCUCUCCCCUCCUCUGAGCCGAUGCUCUUGGAGCGGCAUCCUCCCCCUCAGAAAAAGCCAAGGCGCCCUCGGACAGGGCUAUUGAGUCUGGACAGCGUCCUCCGCAAGCUUCAGCAGGAGAAGCUUCAGGAGUUCCAGCCUGACAGAUCUCUCAUUGCCCCGCCCCCCACUCCACUGGAGGGCUCCCCAUCCCCAACUAGUGGGGCCAAUAAGAGCACUCCACCGCCCACAUUGACCAAUCAGAUUACUUCAUCUACUGGGGUAACCGGUCAGAACGCAUCACCAACAGAUCUGGCCAAUCAGAGGACUCCUCCUUCAGGGGCCAGCGUUGACCCGCCUCUGUCUGACUGCACCCAGAAGCUUCUGUCCACACCCCCUCAUGGUCUUCCCUCACCUCUCAGGGCGAGCAUUAGGGACCUCACGCUGGCUGCCAAGGUGUCUGAGGGGGAGAGCAAACUCAAGUUCUUCACUCAGAAAGUCAACACCAUACUGCUGGAUGUCGAAGUGCGGAGCAGAGAGUUGGGUCCUGCAGUACGUUCACGUGUCUUCACACACCUGUCCACUCACCUGCCUUUCAGCAAAGACACACUCCUGAAGAGGGCCCGCAAGCUUGUACUGAAACCACAGAUUGACAGUCUCCCGGAAGCCCUUCAGAAACUCAAGGAGGCCAUUGCCAUGACGAUGCCUGAGCAAAUUGCCCGUUUCCAGGAAGACCGUCACGCUUUUGUUUUCACCCAAAGCACCAAUCCAAUAGUGAAAGUAGGACCUGAAGAAGAGAUGCGUACUGGGAAGGCAGUGACAUCACCACAGAAGAGGUUCCAUUGGAAUGAUGAGAUAAGGGCUCUUUUAUGUGAAGUUGUCCGGAUUAAGCUGAGUCUUCAUGAACAGGAGAAGGAGCAGCAGCCAAACCUUGAGGAGUAUCUGCAGAGCUUUCUGGAGAGUGAGGUCAGGCCACUGUGGCCUAAAGGGUGGAUGCUCACCAGGAUUCUACUGAAAGAGAGUCGCAAAGCCCAUCUUAACCUCACCAGCAUCAGAGGAAAUACAUCUGUAACAAAUACCAAACUGAAGAAAUCCAAAGAGAAAGUUGUCAGGGCCUCCCCUCCGCUCACCAGCCCCUUCUUCUCUGUGGGUGGAGCGUCCCCAGACCCCUCCCCCUCUCUGGCCGUCGUGUGUCAGGAGCUGAAUGCCCUCAGCGGUGACAUGAGGAGACACAUCCAGGACCUCCAUCUUCCUCCAGCACAGGGGAACCUGGCAGGCCCCUCUCCCCAGCUGACGAAGCCCCUUCUAGGCAUGACCUGCCUGGACCAGCAGCCCCUGGGCCCAAGCCUGUCCCCUCCCCCAGGCCAGGCAGCAGAGUCCGAGGGGGCCGUGGGGGCCCAGGUGUGUCCCCACUCAGGUGUAGCUUCACUGGGGGCACUGCAGGCAUCCUUCCCCCAGGCCAGCCUCCCUUCGGCUUGGGAUGGUCCUCAUAAGGGUGUCAAUCAGGACACGCUUUACUGUCCUCUUAAAGGUGGAAGUCCAGAAACACACACUAGCCUUCUUUCAGGAGGAGUCCAGCACAAUGUCUCUCAUGGUGGAAGCAAGAAUCAUCCAAGGGGACUGAAGACACUGCACUGAGUGAGAGACUAGUGUACACACACACACACACACACUAAUGAGAAUACAACACAGCCAUAACACCUGCACACACACACUAAUGAGAAUACAACACAGUCAUAACACCUGCACACACACUCCGAGAUUGAAGAGGAUACUAAAAAAGUACCAUGUGCAUGUGUUGUACAUGCACACUCACUUAAGAGGCACUUAAGACCUUUGUGUCAUCUCUUUGAGAAGUGUAUAUUUGUGUUCUAAGUACCACUGAGUGAGGGUGUCUAUGUUGUUAAUACCAAGCACUUGGUGAUGUGCAUUCUGCUCUUAAAACUCUUACAAAUCAGACUUGAUCACUAUUCUUUAUUGUCAUGGAUAAGACUGGGACAGACCUAUGACAUUCUACAUGUGGGCCCUAAGGGCUCAAAUCAGCAUGUCUGAAGACAAGUCUUUGUCUUAUUGUGUUUCAUAGUGUUAUUGUCGUUGUCUUGGAUUGUUUUGGCCACAGUGGAUCAGUGAGUUCUGGCACUGAUGGGUUAUGUUUUAGGACGUCCUAAAGACAGAAUAUUCUGGUGGCAUAUAUAUGUAUGUGACAUGGUCAUAAAGAAAAGUGUUUUGUCAUUAGAGAUAUAUCAAUAUGUUUUCUACUUUAAGAAAUAUUAAUGGGAACAUACAAUUGUUGAAAAGGAAUAAUGUUAUGUUAAAUAAAGUUUUGAAUAAGGUUUUUUUUUUUUUUA